AUGGCCCCUCCCCCUAUGGCCCCGCCCAUCGCGCCCCUCUGCCCCGCCCCCCCCCGGUCCCCGCCCCCCGGUCCCCGCCCCGCCGGUCCCCGGCCCUCCGCCCCCCCCCCCCCGCCCCGAGCCCGGGGGCCCGAGAGCCCGCCCGUGUCCCGUCCGGUCCCGCGGGGUCCCGCGGGGUCCCGUCGGGCCAUGGGUUGCGCGCCCGUCCGUUGCGGGUGGUGCCGCCGCGGCCGUUGGGAGCCGCUGCUGCCGGCGCUGGGCCCGGCGGCGGGCACGGCGGCCUUCGUGGCGGACUUGGCGGCGGACGCGUGGGCCGCCGGGGGCUACGCGCGUCAGGGCCGGCCCGGCCGGGGGCUGCUGCUGCUGGCGCCGCUGGCGCUGGGCUCGCUGGGCGGCCAGCUGCUCAGCUGGGCCUGGCACCGGGCCGGGGCCCCCGGGGGCUGCCCCCCGCCCCGGGCCCCCGGGGGCUGCCCCCCGCCUCCGCCGACCACCCGCCUCCUCGCCCUGCUCCACCUCCUGCAGCUCGGCUACCUGGCCAGGUGUGUCUACGCCCUCCGGGUGGGAGUGUACCUGUGGAGGAAGGAGAAGCCGUCGGAAGUGGAGCUGGCGUAUUUCGCUUUCCUCUCCCUGGACAUCAGCCUGCUGCGACUGUUCGAGACCUUCCUGGAGACGGCCCCCCAGCUCACGCUGGUCCUCAUCUUCUGCCUGCAAGCGCACACGGCCGAGUACUUCCAGUGGGCCGGGAUCUGCACCUCGCUGCUCUGCACCUCCUGGGCGCUGCUCGACUACCACAGGAGCCUGCGCAGCUGCCUGGAAGACAAGCACCCGCUGGACGCCCCCUUGGCCGUCGUCGCCUACUUCCUGUGGAACGUGCUGCUGCUGGCCCCCCGCCUGCUGGCGCUGGCCCUACUUGGGGCGCUGGCCCCGGGCCUGCUGGCACUGCACUUUGUGGCCGUGUGGCUGGCCAUGUUGCUGUGGGUGUGCCUGCAGGGCACGGCCUUCAUGGGCACCGGCGGCUGGGAGGGGCUGUAUCGUGCCGUCGUGGCCGUGAUCCUCUACUUCUCCUGGUUCAACGUGGCCGAGGGCAGGACGGCGGGCCGCAGCACCAUCUACUACACCUUCGUGCUCUGCGACAGCACCCUCCUCGCUGGCUGCUGGCUCUGGACCCACUGGCCCCUCCCGGCCGGCUCCCUGCUGGCCUGGGCGCUGCCCUCGGCCGCCGUCUCCUUCGUCGGGGGGCUGGGCCUGAGGGGGGCCUACUACUGGUGGCUGCACCCGCGGGCCAGCUGGGACGAGGUGGACUUUGGGAGGGCGGGAGCCCAGCCGCCGCCCCCGGGCCUAGCCAACCCCCGCGUGGCCACACUGGCCCGCAGUUUCUAUUCCACGGCGGUGGUGGGCCCGGCCUGAGAUGCCCCGGCCCUGACCCAUCUCUAGCCACGGCCCCGGGCUGAGGACCGUGACGGCUGGCUUUUGUGGGCCCAGGUGGAGACGUUGGGCCGGCCGCGGCCCUCGCCCCAUCCACUCCUGGUCAGGGGCCCGGUGGGACUGCAGCUUUCCCAUUUGGAGAGAGGAAAAAAUGACUCUCCCCGACUCCAUCACCUCCUAGCUGGAGCAAGUUGCAGAGGGGGGCAAGGCACCGCCAGCCCAGGAGUCCUCUCGGCCCCGGGCUUUGUGCUCAUUGACUCCACGGUGGUCUGCCACUGCCCAAGGCAGGAGAAGUUUUAUAGAAAAUAAAAACUUUAUUUUUCAAGUGAA